AUGUAUGGCAGCAACCACAACCACAUACUUGGAAUCUUGAAAACAGGUCCUUUAAGAGCAUCUUUAAUGGGUGAUUCCAUUCAACUUUUUCCUGACACUUUGAGAAAUUUACCGUUAAAGAAGCAGAGAAACAAGUUCCCUCACAGAUUUCCUAUAUUCCAACCGCAAAAUCAAAAUUCACAAACACCCCAUUUUCCAUUUUCGUCCAUAUUUAACCCCUCUAUCGGAAAUGUUACUCCAACUUCCUUGCCGUUUCCAACUCAAUUCAGUGCAUCAAGACAUAACUCAUCUGGUGUUGGUGGCUCUUCUAAUCCAUCCUCUCAGACUCCUAUACAAUCUAGUCCAAAUUCGCAAUAUUCAGAUUUUGCCAACCUUUGUAGAUUAGAUGCUAUCGACCUUAAUGAUGAUGAUAUUGAAGAUCGGAGACAAGAUAGUAUUCAACACUGGCAUUGGAAAGAGGAUGAGAUGCUGAUCAGUGGAUGGUUAAAUGUUUCAACUGACCCUGUAGUUGGUACCGAUCAAAAGGGGGAAACAUUUUGGAGUCGAAUUCAUAGCUACUGUGUAGAAUUUUGCUCUGACAUGAUAAGGGAGGUAGUUGCAUCUAGUCGAAACAUAAGGAGUGGUUCGAACGCUGAUGAUAUAAAGGAGUUGGCUUAUAAACUUUAUUCCACAAAUUAUGGUCAAAAGUUCACUUUUGAGAGGCAUUGGAACAUGCUUCGGUUGGAGCAAAAAUGGAGAAGCCAACUACCUACACAGAGUGACGGCUCAAAGAGAACCAAGGUUAGUGCAACUGGAGCAUACUCAUCCUCAUCAAACCCAGAAACACCAUUGGCUGACGAACCCGGUGUGGACUCUCCCGUUCGCCCACAAGGAUCAUAG